UAUAUAAAUAUUUCACAUGACACUGUUGAUGCUUGGCUCCUCCUAACCGCCCCCUCGUGCGCGUCUCUGUAAUCUCGCGAUACUUACGCUGCGGUUUCACCAUCUUCUCGCGAGAACACACAAGCAGCCGCGGAUCCAACAUGGCGGAAGAGGAGGUGCAGAAACUGCAGAAGCACCUGUCCCUGUUGCGGCAGGAGUACGUCAAAAUGCAGCAGAAGCUGGUGGAAACGGAGCGGAGGUGCUCCCUGUUAGCGGCACAGGCCUCUGGUCACAGCUCCUCCUCCUCCUCCACGCAGCCCAGUGACUCCUUCAUCAGCCGCCUGCUGGCCAUCGUGGCUGAACUUUAUAAGCAAGACCAGUACAGUGACCUGAAGGUGAAAAUCGGACAGGAGCAGCUGAGUGCCCAUAAGUUCGUCCUGGCAGCACGCAGUGACGUCUGGAGCCUGAACAGCAUGGCCUCCACAUCCCAGCUUGAUCUGUCAGAGGCCAAGCCGGAGGUUGCCAUGGCGAUGCUACGCUGGGCUUAUACGGACGAGCUAGAGUUGUGCGAAAAUGACAACUUCCUCAUUGACCUGAUGAAGCUUGCCAACCGCUUUCAACUGUACCUCCUGCGAGAGAGAUGUGAGAAAGGAGUAAUGUCGUCAGUAAACGUGAGGAACUGCAUUCGCUUUUACCAGACGGCUGAGGAGUUGGACGCCACCACGCUGAUGAACUACUGCGGUGAAAUCAUCGCCAGCCACUGGGAUGAUCUGAGGAAAGAGGACUUCAGUACUAUGAGUGCUCAGCUGCUGUAUAAGAUGAUCAAGUCGAAGACUGAGUUUCCUCUUCACAAAGCCAUAAAGGUGGAGAGGGAGGAUGUGGUGUUCCUGUAUCUCAUCGAGAUGGAUGCUCAGCUGCCAGGGAAGCUGAACGAACUGGACAAUAAUGGCGAUCUGGCUUUGGACCUGGCCUUGUCCAAAAAACUGGAGAGCAUUGCCACCACCUUGGUCAACAACAAAGCAGAUGUGGACAUGGUUGAUCAGAGUGGCUGGAGCCUCUUGCACAAAGCCAUCCAGAGGGGAGAUGAGUUUGCUUCCACUUUCCUGAUACGCCACUCAGCCCAAGUAAACGCAGCCACAGUAGGAGCAGUAGAGACACCGCUGCACCUUGUCUGCUCCUUCAGCCCAAAGAAGCACAGUGCUGAGGUGAUGAGCGGCAUGGCCCGCAUCGCAGAGGCCUUGCUCAAAACCGGCGCCAACCCCAACAUGCAAAACAGCAGAGGACGAACACCUUUACAUGAAGCAGUGCUGUCAGGAAACGAACCUGUGUUUAAUCAACUCCUUCAGUGCAAACAGCUGGACAUGGACCUGAAAGACCACGAAGGCAAUACUGCACUGUGGCUGGCUCUGCAGUACAUUACAGUGUCAUCUGAUCCCUCCAUUAACCCCUUCGACGAUGAGGCCCCUGUAGUCAACGGCACCUCGUUCGACGAGAACAGCUUUGCGGCUCGGCUCAUACAAAGAGGAAGCGAUCCCAACGCUCCAGACGCCUCAGGAAACUGCCUUAUUCAGAGAGCAGCCCUUGCAGGAAGUGAAGCAGCUGCCAUCUUCCUGGCCACCCAUGAAGCAAAGGUCAAUCAUAGUAAUAAAUGGGGAGAAACUCCCCUGCAUACAGCAUGUCGCUGCGGAUUAGCAGCUCUGACGGCCGAGCUUCUGCAGCAGGGGGCCAAUCCUAAUCUACAAACCCACACUGCCUUGCCUGACGCAGGGGACCGGAGCCACGGCGUCUCAUUACAGAGCCCUCUGCACUUGGCCAUCGUUCACAACCACCCAGAUGUGGUGUCUGUUAUACUAGAGCAGAAAGCCAAUGCUCUCCAUGCCACCAACAACCUACAGAUCAUCCCAGACUUCAGCCUUAAAGAUUCCCUGGACCAGACUGUGCUCGGACUUGCUCUCUGGACAGGAAUGCACACCAUUGCCGCACAGCUCCUGGGAUCAGGGGCAGCCAUUAAUGACACCAUGUCAGAUGGCCAGACUCUUCUCCACAUGGCCAUCAAGAGACAGGACAGCAAGAGUGCCCUGUUCCUGCUAGAGCACCAAGCAGACAUCAAUGUAAGGACACAGGAGGGACAGACAGCCCUGCAGCUGGCCAUCAGUAACCAGCUCCCCUUGGUGGUGGAUGCUAUCUGUACACGUGGAGCAGACAUGUCAGUGGUGAAUGAGAAGGGAGAUCCUCCACUGUGGCUUGCCUUAGAGAAUGGCUUAGAGGAUAUUGCCUCGACAUUGGUCAGGCAUGGCUGUGACACAACAUGCUGGAGUUCAGGACCAGGAGGGUGCCAGCAAACAUUGCUGCACCGAGCCAUCGAUGAGAACAACGAGAUCUCCGCCUGCUUCCUUAUACGCAGUGGCUGUGAUGUGAACAGUCCUCGGAGGCCUGGAGCUAACGGGGAGGGAGACGAGGAGGCGCGGGAUGGACAGAGCCCUCUGCAUCUGGCUUCCUGUUGGGGCCUCGAGGAGGCGGUGCAGUGCCUUCUGGAGUUUGGAGCAAACGUUAAUGCACAGGAUGCAGAGGGCCGGGCACCAAUCCAUGUGGCCAUCAGUAACCAGCACAGCGUGAUUAUCCAGCUUCUCAUCUCACACCCAGACAUCCGACUGAACCUGAGAGAUCGGCAGGGCACAACGCCGUUUGCCUGCGCCAUGACUCACAAGAACAACAAAGCAGCAGAAGCCAUCCUCAAAAGAGAACCCGGAGCAGCCGAGCAGGUUGACAACAAGGGCCGUAACUUCCUUCACAUCGCCGUGCAGAACUCUGACAUCGAGAGUGUGCUUUUCCUGAUCAGUGUGCAGGCUAACGUUAACUCCAGAGUGCAGGACACAGCCAAACUCACACCACUGCACCUCGCCGUGCAGGCCGGCUCUGAGAUCAUCGUGCGCAACCUGCUUCUAGCAGGUGCUAAAGUGAACGAGUUGACUAAACACCGGCAGACGGCUCUACAUUUGGCGGCGCAGCAAGAUCUGGCCACUAUUUGCUCCGUACUGCUCGAAAACGGUGUCGAUUUUCCGGCUGUCGACGAGAACGGAAACAACGCUCUACACCUCGCUGUGAUGCAGGGUCGCCUGAAUAACGUGCGAGUCCUUCUCACUGAGUCGAACAUUGACGCAGAGGCCUUCAAUCUCAGGGGACAGUCUCCAAUGCAUGUCCUCGGUCAAUACGGGAAGGAAAAUGCAGCAGCCAUCUUUGAGCUGUUCUUGGAAUGUAUGCCAGAGUAUCCACUGGAUAAACCGGAUAACGAAGGGAAUACAGUGCUUCUCUUGGCCUAUAUGAAAGGAAACGCUAAUCUCUGUCGUGCCAUCGUGAGGGCUGGAGCUCGUCUGGGCGUCAACAACAACCAGGGCGUAAACAUCUUCAACUAUCAAGUGGCCACUAAGCAGCUCCUCUUCCGCCUGCUAGAUAUGCUGUCCAAAGAGCCCCCGUGGUGCGACGGCUCCAACUGUUACGAAUGUGCUGCCAAGUUUGGAGUAACCACGAGAAAGCAUCACUGCCGUCACUGCGGCCGCUUGCUGUGCCACAAGUGCUCCGUCAAGGAGAUCCCCAUCAUCAAAUUCGAUCUGAACAAGCCCGUCCGCGUUUGUGACAUUUGCUUCGACGUGCUAACUCUGGGUGGAGUCUCCUAACAGCACCAGCAGGGCGUCGGUGGCACAAACACUAAACCAGACCACGGUGGAUAGAAAUGUGGAGACGGAGAGAAGGGAGGAACAAGAAGGGACUUAAACGUACAGAUCACAAUUUUUACUACUAUUACAGACUUUUCUGAACAAAACAACUGUGUAUGUAUGUUCUAGUACCGACAUCUAUUAAGGAUCAAAAUGAAAGUAGUGAAGGAGCUCUUAACUCUAAUCUUGAGGACCUUGUGUUCUGCGACACACCUGAUCUAACUGCUCAGCUAAUGAUUUAAGGAAAACUCCACCCUGAAUGACGUACAUAUGAAUAUGCCAUCUUCAGAAUCAACACGGUGGACUGGGUUCGCUUUGGUUACUGGUUUUUCUCCAUUACCCACAAUUCCGUUAGAAUACUGAAUUGUGAUAUUAACGGCAGUGGGAUUUUAGUUCUAGAGAUGCAGUAACGGACACAAAGGUCCUUUGGUGUGACAUCAUCUAUACACUCUUUACCGAAGCUUUAUCGCUCACGCUAAUACAGCCGUCAGCACUGUCGGCACGAGUGUGACACAUAGCUGUACUGCAUUCUGGAUCCUUGUGUCCAACAUCUUGCUGUCUGCUAUUUCUAUACGAGUGAGAAAAGAGGCUCUUGCUAAGGAGUGAAGAGAGAAACCUCAUCAUUAUACCAUGUUUAAGAUCUUUUUUUAUGUAGUACGUAAGCCAGCAGUGUCCCUCUGUGACGAGAAGUACAUCACUAUCUACGAAAUUAGCACCAGUAUCUCUAAGCAUAAGAAGAUAUUCCACCAUAACUGUACUUCAUGUGUUUCAGGGUGAAGUUUUCCUCUAAUGACAUAAGCCAGGUCUGAUGAAUACAGAAGACUCGAAUUAAGACCGGAGUUAAGAGCCUCUGAAGUAGCAGAAAGCAACCGAAAACAACUAUAGAGCCGUAGAACUCGAUUACAAACCCAACACCAGUCAUAAUAUGUCAGCAUAAAACACCACAUACGUAGGUUUGAAGACUUUCAGUACCGAGCAUUGAAUACAAAGGACGAUAGAAUCCGAAUAAAGAAUUAUCCCAAGAUCGGAUAAUUAGCCGUUCCUCUUCAGAGGGUUUAAAAGCCUUAAUCACGUCGGCCUGAGUGAAGCUUUUUGUUUACUCGAGGAGCGUUGACGAACCUUUACUAUAUCCUUGCACCUAAGGUCCACAAAGGGUUAACGAUCACCCUGAUGGCCAGAACACAGCGAAACACAAGGUUAACUCCACAUCAAGCACAUUUCAGUAAAUGAUGUGAUUUUCGACUUUGUCGUCUGUUAAUUAAUCCCUGAUGUGCAUCAGUUCAUGUUUGUUAAUCAGUGAGGAGUCUGCGUAUUAAAUGCACUUUUUAUUCUUCCAUUAACAUUUAUUCUAUGUUUUCAAGAAGAAAUUCACAGCUGAACAACGUGGCAUUUCCUGACCCGAACAAAAAAGGAAGAAAAAAAAACUACUAUUACCAAGUAAACCUGAGGAUUUAGGUGCAGACGUAUGAGGAGUUUUCUACUAUGCAUAUGCACAUUUAUCAUAGCACUGUCCUAAUCAUUCUGAUCACCAAAGCAUACAUUCCAUUUAACCUAUGAUGUAAUACCGAAUUUCGUUUACUUUUUCAUUUUUUUUUUUUUUAAAUCUUCAGAUUUGCCUGACGUCACAUUUAGUUGACCGCAUUAUGUUUUAAAUUCUUUCGGCUGCACUUUAUCCUAUUUUUUUUUGUUUUUUUCCUGAUCGUACAAAAGGAGAAUGUGACAUUCUUGGUUGAGUCCACAGUCUAUUCUAGGUUCUGUUAACUUGUACAGCUAAUUGUAUACUAUUUUUGACCACUACAACUGUUUUGUACUGAAACGCAGGUUGUGCUUUUUGCCUCUGUCCGAUCUCUUAUGCACACUGUCGUAUCUGUAUGCUCAGAUAUCUCGCCUGUCACUUCCUCUAGUAUCCUUUUCAAGAAAGGGAGGACAACUUUACAUUAAGGUCAU